CACCGAUUCAACCCUGCUGUUUUGGUCUUGGAAACCUGGGUGAAUUUUUUUCUUCUUACAUUAUCUCUUUCUUGACUUCUUAUUAUCGGAGAGAGAUGGAGGAAUGGUCGAAUGGAGGCGCCGCCACGCGGGGAUGGCGGACUGGACUCUGGCGGGUGGCGGCGAUUGGAGGGUGGUGGCGGGCUGGCGGCGACCGAUUGGUGACUGGCGGCGCGAUUGGAGGGUGGCGAAUCGCUACUGGCGGCGAUUGGAGGGUGGCGGGCUGGCGGCAGACUGGCGAGGCGAUUGGGGGAGGCGAUUGGUGACUGGCGGCGAUUGGAGGGUGGCGGCAGACUGGCUCGGCAACUGGAGGUGCGGCCGGCGAUGGCGUGCUGGCGGCUGUGCUCUGGCCGACGAUGGCGAGUUGGCGACUCUGGUCUCCGAUGAUUUCGCCAGUAACGAGAGGAUGAGGAGGAGGAAGGAAAACGAGACGGAUGGGUCUAGCGGCUGUCAACGAUUGACGCGAGUGACUAGGGUUAGGGUCGUUUCUCAGCGGCCAAAACGACGUCGUAUAUCUCGGUCGGUUAGAGCCGGUUAGCCGGCUUUGGUUACUCGGCUAACCGCCUGACCAGACCCAAUUCCCGACAACCGACCGAGGCUGAUUUCCUUCGGUUUUCGGUUAGCCGCUAACCGGCGGUUACCGGUUAGACCGGCCGGUUAGCCGCUAACCGAAAACCGAAAUGACAGCCCUACCUAAACAUCAGAGACCACGAUUAGCUAUCCAACUACUUGCUGAAAACCAGCUAACAACUCUUAACCUGACUCCUAUCUUGACGACUGACUUAAUUAAACCAAAACAGAAAC